ACUGGUUAAUGAUACGGACUGGUCGGAUAGUACGAACUGUACGCAUGGGAGACACAUUUCGUGGAAGGGUCCUUCAGCGAAGCAGUUCUGAUUUAAGCUUAAUUGUAUUUUGCUAAAAUGGAGUAAACUGUAAACUAUACGCAGUAAUAAUUUCAUUGCCCUAAACGGGAAGGUUCGAAGAAAGAAGCGAUUGCUUUCUUACAAGAAGAGCGUAGAUCUCAUAUGUUUUUCAUUCUCUCAGCCGGAUAUUAAUCUCUCCUAUCAACUAUUCCAUUGUUCUGGGAAUUUUUUGGGAUAGUAUAGUGACUCAUGGGGAAAGGAGGGAAGGAUAGCGGGAGUAGCGGGAGUUCUGGCAGCAGGAUGGUUGCAGGUCCGGAUGUGUUAUUACCUGCUUGGUCUAAAGAUGUGAAGGAAUGUUUGGACAAGCUCCAGGUGAGCAUGGAGAAGGGAUUGUCUCACGAUGAAGCUAACAAGCGUAGGCAGAUCUAUGGUCCGAAUGAAUUUGAGAAACAUGAAGGACCUACGAUUUUUAGAUUGAUUUUGGAUCAGUUCAAUGACACGCUAGUGAGGAUUUUACUUGUUGCUGCUGUCAUAUCUUUUAUUUUGGCUUGGUGUGAUGGAGAUGAAGGUGGUGAAGUGGAGAUCACUGCCUUUGUGGAGCCUCUGGUGAUUUUCUUGAUUCUGAUUGUUAAUGCCAUAGUAGGCGUUUGGCAAGAGAACAAUGCAGAGAAGGCAUUGGAAGCAUUGAAGGAGAUUCAGUCUGAUCAUGCAACCGUGAUUCGUGAGGGAAAUAAGAUUUCCGGCUUUCCAGCUAAGGAACUUGUUCCAGGGGACAUUGUUGAGUUGAAAGUAGGGGAUAAAGUUCCUGCUGACAUGAGAGUAAUACAUUUAAUUAGCUCUACCCUCCGUCUAGAGCAAGGGUCAUUGACUGGAGAAAGUGAAGCAGUGAGUAAGACUACUAAGGUAGUCCCAGAAGAAGUUGAUAUCCAGGGGAAAAAAUGCAUGGUCUUUUCUGGAACAACUGUAGUAAAUGGACAUUGUAUUUGUCUAGUUACUCAAACAGGGAUGGCCACAGAGAUAGGACAUGUGCACUCUCAGAUUCGUGAGGCAACUCAGAGUGAGGAAGAUACACCGUUAAAGAAAAAGCUCAAUGAAUUUGGAGAAGCGUUAACUGCUAUUAUUGGGGUAGUUUGUGUUCUAGUUUGGCUGAUUAAUGUGAAUUACUUUCUCUCUUGGGAGAUUGUUGAUGGAUGGCCAAGGAAUUUCAAGUUUUCCUUUGAGAAGUGCACUUAUUACUUCGAAAUUGCUGUUGCUUUGGCUGUUGCUGCUAUUCCCGAAGGUUUACCGGCUGUUAUUACGACAUGUUUGGCACUUGGGACACGUAAGAUGGCUGCUAAGAAUGCUCUUGUCCGAAAGUUGCCCAGUGUUGAAACUCUUGGUUGUACAACUGUUAUUUGCUCGGAUAAAACAGGUACAUUGACUACCAAUCAGAUGUCAGUGGUUAAGCUGAUUACUAUGGGUUCAAAGUCAAACACUCUGCAAUCGUUCAGCGUUGAAGGGACAACAUAUGAUCCUUUUGAAGGGAAAAUCCAAGAUUGGCCAUUAGGGCAUAUGAAUUCCAAUCUUCAAAUGGUUGCAAAGAUUGCUGCUGUAUGUAAUGAUGCUAACAUUGAAAAAUCAGGGGAGCGUUAUGUGACCACGGGAUUACCUACUGAGGCAGCAUUAAAGGUUCUGGUUGAGAAAAUGGGACUUCCCAUUGGCCUAGAUAUAGAUUCUUCCAAACUAAACAGUGGUGUACCCUGUUGUUGUUCUACAUGGAACAAAAUUGAGAAACGGAUUGCUACUCUUGAGUUUGACAGGACUAGGAAGUCCAUGGGUGUUAUUGUACACGCCAACUCAGGGAAAAAGUCACUAUUUGUCAAGGGUGCAGUUGAAAAUUUGUUAGACAGAAGUUCGUAUGUGCAAUUGCUGGAUGGUUCUGUUGUAGAGCUAGAUGUCAGUUCUAGGGAUUUGAUAUUGCAAAGCCUUAGUGAAAUGUCCUCCAAAGCAUUACGUGUUUUAGGUUUUGCAUACAAGGAUGACUUACCUGGAUUUGAAACAUAUGAAGGAAAAGAAGACGACCCAGCUCAUGAGCUAUUGCUUAAUCCUGCCAAUUAUCCAUCAAUUGAGAGUAAUCUAAUAUUUGUUGGUUUGACUGGUAUAAGGGAUCCUCCACGGAAAGAAGUACGUCAAGCUAUAGAGGAUUGCAGAGAAGCUGGAAUUCGCGUUAUAGUUAUAACUGGAGAUAACAAGAAUACAGCUGAAACAGUUUGCCGUGAAAUUGGUGUUUUUGGACCCCAUGAGAGUGUUACCUCUAGAAGCUUGACCGGGAGAGAGUUCAUGGAACUUGCUGACCCAAAAUCACAUUUAGGACAAAGUGGAGGGCUUGUGAUCUCUAGGGCAGAACCAAGGCAUAAACAAGAGAUAGUCAGGAUUCUCAAAGAAUGUGGUGAGGUGGUUGCCAUGACUGGGGAUGGGGUUAAUGAUGCACCUGCGCUAAAGUUGGCUGAUAUUGGAAUCGCAAUGGGAAUUACAGGGACUGAGGUAGCAAAAGAAGCUUCUGACAUGGUUCUGGCAGAUGAUAAUUUUAGCACAAUUGUUGCUGCUGUUGGGGAAGGCAGGUCCAUAUACAACAACAUGAAAGCCUUCAUCAGGUAUAUGAUUUCUUCAAACAUUGGUGAGGUUGCUUCAAUAUUUCUUACAGCUGCUUUAGGAAUUCCCGAGGGUCUGAUACCGGUUCAACUUCUGUGGGUCAACCUGGUCACUGAUGGGCCCCCGGCAACAGCAUUGGGUUUUAAUCCACCAGACAAAGAUAUAAUGAAAAAACCACCAAGGAGAAGUGAUGAUUCAUUGAUCAAUGCUUGGAUUUUGUUCCGCUAUCUGGUUAUUGGGAUGUAUGUUGGUGUAGCAACUGUAGGGGUAUUCAUCGUCUGGUACACCCAUAACUCAUUCCUAGGCAUUGACCUAAGUGGGGAUGGCCACAGUCUUGUUACCUACUCCCAGCUCUCUAAUUGGGGUCGUUGCAGUUCUUGGAAAAACUUCACAGCCUCACCAUUUACGGCAGGGCCACAAGUCUUCCGUUUCGAUGACAACCCGUGCGACUACUUCCAAGGCGGGAAGAUCAAAGCCACAACGCUGUCACUCUCUGUUUUGGUAUUCAUCGAGAUGUUCAAUUCCCUAAAUGCCCUUUCGGAGGACGGGAGUCUCUUGACGAUGCCGCCAUGGGUCAACCCGUGGCUUCUUUUGGCCAUGUCAGUCUCCUUCGGGCUCCACUUCUUGAUUCUCUAUGUGCCGUUCCUCGCUCGGGUGUUUGGGAUCGUGCCCCUUAGCCUGAACGAGUGGCUACUCGUGCUGGCGGUUGCGUUCCCUGUGAUUUUGGUGGAUGAAAUCCUCAAGUUUGUGGGUAGGUGUAGCAGUAGGGUGAGAAGAGAAAAAAAGCUUGCGAAGUACAAGGCGGAGUAGGAAUGGUGGUCGGAAACGUCAAAGGUUGGUCGAGUGGGACUUUUAUUUGCGGAUAAUGAUAUAUGGCGGGAAGGGGUUUGAGAAAGGCUCCAAGAAUGGUAAAAUUUUCUCAAAUUUACCCAAUUGAAGAAGUUAAAUAAUUUGGGAUAUAUAUGAGAAAAUAUUGCAAUUGCCUGAUUCAUUUUCAACCCCUCCCUGCACGUAUCAUUGACCCCUAUAAUAGCUAUCUUUCCUUUUAAGUUUUAAUACCCCCUCACAUUGAGCUGACCUGAGGUAUUUGAGAUUGUGAGAUGGGAUUCAUUAUUCAGUGAACAUUCAUUAUUGUUUCCGAACUCACCAUUUAGUUACUAUGAUUAUUCUAAUUUUUAUUCCAAACAGCGCCAUUUUUAUGCUGAGUUGAUUUUGCAAUGCCAGCUUUAAGUUUCGUC